UCAGUUUUAACAUAGAUUAACAACAUUCAAACACAACAGUUGCAUCCGAGGCAGGACGGAACCAGAUUUGCCAGAAGUGCUUUAGAUGAGCUCGUAAUUAAUCUGCUGGAGUGAACAGUGAGGAUGAAGGACCAUAUAUUUAUAAUUCUGGUUGGAUUAACAAUAUGGUCGAAAGAAGUAUGUGGAGAUCACCAUCACCAUAAUACUCAACUGGGUGAUUGGUGGAAAGAAUGGUGGAGGGAAUACAUUAAAGAUGUAACUGAUCCGACAGUUGUGCCUGUUAAAUGUCCAAUAUGUCCUACUUUUGUUCCUCCUACUAGACCCCCUACCAGACCUCCAACGCCACCAACGAGACCUCCCACUAGACCUCCAACAAGACCCCCAACAAGACCGCCUACAAGGCCACCUACAAGGCCUCCAACAAGACCACCUACAAGGCCUCCAACAAGACCACCUACUAGGCCGCCUACAAGGCCUCCAACAAGACCACCUACUAGGCCGCCUACAAGACCUCCAACAAGACCACCUACUAGGCCGCCUACAAGACCUCCAACAAGACCACCUACUAGGCCGCCUACAAGACCUCCAACAAGACCGCCUACAAGGCCACCUACAAGACCUCCAACAAUACCGCCUACUAGGCCACCUACAAGACCUCCAACAAGACCUCCAACAAGACCUACUAGGCCUCCAACAAGACCACCUACAAGACCACCUACAAGGCCACCAACAAUACCACCUACAAGGCCACCUACAAGACCUCCAACAAGACCGCCUACUAGGCCACCCACAAGACCUCCAACAAGACCACCUACAAGACCUCCAACAAGGCCUCCAACAAGACCGCCUACUAGGCCACCUACAAGACCUCCAACAAGACCGCCUACUAGGCCACCUACAAGACCGCCAACAAGACCACCAACGAGACCACCAACAAGGCCUCCAACAAGACCACCUACAAAACCGCCUACUAGGCCACCUACUAGACCACCUACUAGGCCACCUACUAGGCCACCUACAAGACCUCCAACAAGGCCACCAACAAGACCUCCAACUAGACCACCCACAUUCCCUCCAACAAGGCCACCUACAAGACCUCCAACUAGGCCACCUACAAGACCUCCAACAAGGCCACCUACAAGACCUCCAACUAGGCCACCCACAUUCCCUCCAACAAGGCCACCUACAAGACCUCCAACUAGGCCACCCACAUUCCCUCCAACAAGGCCACCUACAAGACCUCCAACUAGGCCACCCACAUUCCCUCCAACAAGGCCACCUACAAGACCUCCAACUAGGCCACCCACAUUCCCUCCAACAAGGCCACCUACAAGACCUCCAACUAGGCCACCCACAUUCCCUCCAACAAGGCCACCUACAAGACCUCCAACUAGGCCACCCACAUUCCCUCCAACAAGGCCACCUACAAGACCUCCAACUAGGCCACCCACAUUCCCUCCAACAAGGCCACCUACAAGACCUCCAACUAGGCCACCCACAUUCCCUCCAACAAGGCCACCUACAAGACCUCCAACUAGGCCACCCACAUUCCCUCCAACAAGGCCACCUACAAGACCUCCAACUAGGCCACCCACAUUCCCUCCAACAAGGCCACCUACAAGACCUCCAACUAGGCCACCCACAUUCCCUCCAACAAGGCCACCUACAAGACCUCCAACUAGGCCACCCACAUUCCCUCCAACAAGGCCACCUACAAGACCUCCAACUAGGCCACCCACAUUCCCUCCAACAAGGCCACCUACAAGACCUCCAACUAGGCCACCCACAUUCCCUCCAACAAGGCCACCUACAAGACCUCCAACUAGGCCACCCACAUUCCCUCCAACAAGGCCACCUACAAGACCUCCAACUAGACCACCCACAUUCCCUCCAACUAGACCACCUACAAGACCUCCAACUAGACCACCCACUUUACCACCAACCAGGCCACCACCUGUAACAGACGAAGAUUGCCCAACUCCCGGACCUCCUCAAAAAAUUCAAAGACCAGACAGGCCUAGACCGGAUGGAUCUAUGCCUCCUUGUGCAAUUACUGGAAAGAAUUUCUGUAUUUUAACAGAUGAUUAUCCUGAAGAUUUUGUAAACAAAGUGGUUAAUCAUAGCAUCACAACAAUGAAAGUCAUGUACGAAGAAUUGCAAACCGUUGGAGAUCCUAAAUUAUUCGAAAGUCAUUUUGGAGAUAGUCCUGCAGCGAAAGGUAAUUUUGCCUGCGAAACUGAAGCAUCCACAAUGAGACCAGGAUGGGCACAAAAUGCAUUAAAUGGUGACUGGUUACUUGUUAUCAAUACUGACAUUUUCCCACAGAAAGUUAGAACAGAACGUUGCAAAAGACCGAAUGAACCUUGUGAUUUCAUUGCAUCACACUACGAAUCAACGUGUCAGCAACGUUUCAGCUUACAUCGUUUGAUUGCAGUUCAUCCUCAUGAUCCCAAUAGAAGUCCCAUUGUGGCACUCUUCAAAUUCCCUGCUGGAUGUGCCUGUAGAGUCGAUCCAGUUCGCAAAAAUUUUAUUAGAAGAUAGAAAAUGAUUUUCUUGUUUAUGAAAAGAUUGCAAGUGAUGUUCUGGAUGGAAGAAAAUUGUUCUCUUGGUGCUAAAGACAUUCUUUUCUAAUCAUUAAUUUUUAGAAAUUCUUCCAUUUUGAUUAAUUGUAAUAUACCAUAUUUUAAUUUUAUAAUCCUGUCUAAAUUAGAGGAACUAUAUUGGGUCUUUAUAUACUACUUUAUAUGGACUGACCUCUUGUAAAAUAUUCAAAGGGAUCAAGGAUUACAUAGUUGAAACUUUGUAUUCUUCAUUAAUAAAGAAAGACUUUUAAAAAUGCAAUU